CAACUUGCCAGGAAAACAGAACCACGGGCAUGGUCUUGUCAAAACAAUCCAUUAAUAUUUUCCCUUUUUUAUUGUCAGCUUUUCUUCGUUUAGCUUUGCAUGGCCAUUCAGAGCACGUGCAAAAGCUCCAUGGAUAAAAAAGAGAAAGGACUAGAUAUAGAGAUAUCUUAAAGCUCAGUGGACAGGUUCGGACUUUGGAGAGGGCUGUGUGUACGUAAGUAUAAGAACAGAUUUCUCUUCUUUAAUUUUAUUUUUUUGAAUUUUUACACUUCCCAAGUAUAUAUGUCCUAGCUCCAAUGGAAUUGAAAGCAAUUAAUAAGGUUCGGUGAAGGUUCAGAUCAAAGAGAUGUUGAUAUGUCAAAGCUUUUCUUUACCUGUAAAUCCAAGGUACCAUAUAUAGUUAAUGUCUCUGUAUCACCUCUCACUUUCUCUCUAUAAGCAGCAGCUCGGCCAUUCUUUUCAUGACCUCUUUCUCUCAACACUAUUUCCAUUCCUUUUGCCUCCUCUCCAUUUCUCUCUUUUUGGUCACUUUUCAAGUAUAAAAUCCCUUGUUCUUUUCCAAAACUUUCUUUGAGGUUGAGAGAAGUGUUGAUGCAAUGAGAGUAUUAGCUGUUCUUGUUAUGGCAUUAUCCCUUCUGAUUUUUGGAUCUAUUGGCCGGUCUGAUGCAGUGCCAAAAACAACUUUUUUAUCUCCUGUUGAUGGUUCCAACAAGAAGAAAAGUUCAUCAAAUAUGUCAUCAUCAUCAUCAUCACUUGAAGCUGUCAACACCUUGUUCUCUAACUCCAGCAAGAACAAGAACAUUACUUUGGAUGAAAUGAGAGUUGUUCCUACAGGUCCAAAUCCUUUACACAACAGUAUAAAUCAGGUCAAGAGCAUCAGCAUACACGCGGGCAAAUCUUGGCAAAUAUAUGUAUACAUGAGAAGUAGCCAAGAGAAAGGAACAGGAUUUUUGGUGGGGUUUAAGGGAAAAGAAGUUCUUCAGUCUUGAUUUGUUACCUGUAUUGAUUAGAUAUGUUUCCUGAUUAGGGAAAAUAGCAUUAAAUUCGUGUCAGCAUACUUAAAUGCUACUAUAUAUAUAUAUAUAUAUAUUUCCUUUUUAUUUUCCUGUGGAGUGAGAGAAUUUAAUGGUGUUUACUGUUACAGCUGCAUGCAGUACGUGCCA